AUGGAUUCUUUUAAAAAGGUUCUACUUAUUGGCGCGGGCGGAAACUUGGGUGUCCAUGUCCUGAAAACGUUCUUAGACUCGCCAUACAAAGUCAGCAUCCUAACUCGCAAUGGAUCAACAUCCACAUUCCCGGAGGGUGUUCCUGUCUUCCGAGCAGACUAUUCCGAUAUCAACCAAGUCAAACAUGCAAUGGAAGGUCAGGAUGUAGUGAUCAGUAUGGUUGCCGUCUUCGCGACUGGUGGCCAGCAAAUCCUCGUUGACGCGGCCAUAGCCGCUGGCGUGAAGAGGUUUUUUCCCAGUGAAUUUGGGCCACCUUCGCGGGAUGAAAAGUUCGCUGCCCUGCACCCGGCCUUACCACCCAAAGUGGCUACGGUCGACUACCUCCAAUCUAAGGAGUCUCAGAUAUCUUGGUCAGCUCUCAUUCCAGGCGCUUUUUUUGACUGGGCUAUGAAGAUCGGACUAUUCGGUUUCGACAUUGAUUCCAAAACGACAACACUCAUCGACGGCGGGACUGCUAUUUUCACAGCUUCAACUCUACCGACUAUCGCAAAAGCAACGCUUGCAAUGCUAGAGCAUGCCGAUGAGACGAGGAACCAAUACGUCUAUAUAUCGUCUUUCCAUAUAAGUCAGAAGGAUAUUUUGGAUGUGGUGGAGAAAGUCGAUGGCCAGAAAUGGACAGUGAAGCAUAUUACAUCCGAGGAGCUGAUCGCUCAAGGCAAGAAGAGGUUGGCUGAGGGAGAUAACAUGGGUGCUACAGAUCUUGUUGGGGGUGGGGCGCUUGGCAAACAAGCUCUUGGAGAUUCAAGGCCAUGGGGACUGUGGGACGAGAAAUUAGGUCUUCAAAAGGAGGACUUGGAGCAGGCUGUUAAAGACGUUUUGGACAUCAUUUGA